CCGCGCCCCCUCCUCAGCUCGCUCUCUCUGGAUGUUUAAGGCGAAGAUGAACAAACAGGUCCAGCCCGAGCGCAAAGUGUCGGUGGUGGCCCCCUUGCCGGACCGCGCGGGGCCGCCGCCGCCGCCGAAGAAGGACGUGGAGCUGAUCCUGGUGAAGGAGCACAACGGGGUGCAGUACACCAGCAGCAGCCUCCUGCCCGCCGCCCCCGCGCCGCGCUACGGCACCCAGGACAGGGAGACCUGGGGCAAAAAGAUCGACUUCCUCCUCUCCGUCAUCGGCUUCGCCGUGGACCUGGCCAACGUCUGGCGGUUCCCAUACCUCUGCUACAAAAAUGGAGGGGGUGCUUUUCUUAUUCCUUACAUACUCUUCUUAAUCAUUGCUGGAAUGCCCCUGUUCUAUAUGGAAUUAGCACUGGGACAGUAUAACCGAGAAGGGGCUGCCACUGUGUGGAAAAUCUGUCCAGUUUUCAAAGGUGUAGGCUAUGCAGUGAUACUCAUAGCUCUUUACGUGGGUUUCUACUACAACGUUAUCAUAGCUUGGUCUCUGUAUUAUCUAUUUUCAUCAUUCACAUUUGAGCUCCCCUGGACAAACUGCCACAACAGCUGGAACAGCCCAAACUGUACAGAUCCCAAACUCUUCAAUGCUUCAGUGCUUGGCAAUGGUACUAAAUACUCAAAGUACAAGCUCACUCCUGCAGCUGAAUUUUAUGAGCGAGGAGUUCUGCACCUGCACGAAAGCCGUGGGAUCCAUGACCUUGGCUUGCCUCGCUGGCAGCUUUCCCUCUGCCUCUUGGUGGUGGUAAUCAUUCUUUUCUUUAGUCUGUGGAAAGGCGUGAAGACUUCAGGAAAGGUUGUUUGGAUAACAGCCACUUUGCCUUAUGUUGUAUUGUUUGUCUUAUUAAUACAUGGAAUAACCCUGCCUGGUGCAUACAAUGGAAUAAAUGCAUACCUGCAUAUCGAUUUCAGAAGAUUAAAAGAAGCCACAGUGUGGAUUGAUGCAGCUACUCAGAUAUUUUACUCCUUAGGAGCCGGGUUUGGUGUUUUAAUUGCAUUUGCCAGUUACAAUAAGUUUGACAACAACUGCUACAGGGAUGCUUUACUGACUAGCACCAUUAACUGUGUCACAAGCUUCAUCUCAGGAUUUGCAAUUUUCUCCAUAUUGGGCUACAUGGCACAUGAGCACAAAGUUAAAAUUGAGGAUGUAGCUACUGAAGGAGCUGGUUUAGUUUUCAUCCUGUACCCAGAGGCAAUUUCAACUCUUUCAGGAUCUACAUUUUGGGCUGUGGUGUUCUUCAUCAUGCUCCUUACUCUUGGCAUCGACAGUUCUAUGGGUGGGAUGGAGGCUGUCAUCACUGGCUUGGCAGACGAUUUCCACCUUCUGAAACAGCACAGAAAGCUCUUCACCUUUGGUGUUUCUUUUGGCACUUUCCUACUUGCCCUUUUUUGCAUUACCAAUGGUGGAAUUUAUGUGCUCACACUUCUGGACACAUUUGCAGCUGGGACUUCAAUAUUGUUUGCUGUUCUAAUGGAAGCAAUUGGAGUUUCCUGGUUUUAUGGUGUGGACAGAUUCAGUGAAGACAUCCAACAAAUGAUGGGCUUCAAACCAGGCCUCUACUGGAGACUGUGCUGGAAAUUUGUUAGUCCUGCUUUUUUAUUGUUUGUCGUGAUAGUCAGCAUAAUAAAUUUCAAGCCUCUGACCUACGACGACUACACCUUCCCUCUGUGGGCAAACCGCAUUGGCUGGGGAAUAGCAUUAUCCUCCAUGAUCCUUGUGCCUGCCUAUAUCAUCUAUAAAUUUAUGAAUGUGCGUGGAACCUUUAAAGAGAGACUAGCUUACUGCAUCACCCCUGAAAAUGAGCACCAACUCGUGGCCCAAGGAAAUGUCAGGCAGUUUAAGCUCCAACACUGGCUAACAAUAUGACAACCAACAGAUGAAGGAAAAAUCCCACAUUCAGCUAAACUGAGAAUACAGAAAAGUUCAAAGCUCCCUCACUUAUGCUUGGACCAGGCUGGCCCAGAGCUUAUCUACUGACUCUUUGAGGGAAGACAUCUGUUCUCUGUUGUCAAUGCCUCCCUUCUAUUACUUGGCUUCAAAUGAUCUUUAAAGACUCCAUUUGAUUUUUCUUGCAUCCUUUGGUGCCAUGAGAUCCCUACAUGACCAAAACUUGUGAGUUUUCCUGUGGGCAGAAAUAGAGGAGAGGGGAGCAGAGGAAAAAAGCAAUCAGCAAAAGUUAAGUGCUUUUUCAUUGAGAAGAAGUGAAUUAAACUUUUCUGACAGUAAUAACUUCUUCAGAUAUUCCUGCCACAACCUAUUUUAAACCAACAACACCUGAGUGCUCCUAGAUCUAAGGAAAGAGUGCACUUCAGUUAUGACAAAAGAGCAAUCUUAACUAUGUACUCAUAUGUCAUACAUAUAUGUCAUUAGCUUUCUUGCCAUACUGUCCUUUGGGAUGUGAGUUUGCAUCCUUCUGAAGUGAAGACUCAGUGUUUCAUUUUCAGUGAUUUGUUAUUACUUCUCUUGGUGAAGAACAUUGUCUUUGCUGUACAUGUCCAUGCCAUUUCCUGACCAGUUUCAUUACACUGAAGCUGAAGAGCAGCAGGAAGAGAAUUCCUGUUACAGUUACUAGUACAGAACACAGCUUGAUAUCACAGUGUACUUCAUGAAAGAGAUAUUUCCUUAAAUCAACAAUUGAAAUGGCUUUAUCAUAUCCACACACUUCAUAUUUUCCAGCUAAGCAUGAAAGUUACAUCCAAAUAGAUAGACUCUCAUCUUUUUGUAGUAUUUUAUUCCAAACAGAGAAUGCAACAAACACGAGAAGAGAUAAUUUUUAGAAUUAUAUAAUUACCAAGUGGCACAAAAAACCAAACUGGCUUUAUUCCCCUGCUGUGAACAUAUUAUUAUAAUUUAACCAGGAUUCACCCUACCAAAACGUAGUAAGAUAUUGCUGAAUAAUUAAAAAGUAUAUUUUAGGCACAGUCAGCUCCCUAAACCUAUUCCAGCUCUGUUCUCUAGUAGUAUUAUGCAAAGUAGAAGAUACAGAACAAACUCUGCAUUUGGGUGCUGUUCUUAUUCUGUGGUCACUUGCCACUGUAGUACCUUUCAAGUGAUCACUACUUUCAGUAGCUUUGAGUUAGUUCUUGUAAUUAUUUAUCACUAGGUCUACAGUAAUUUUCAGGCAGUAGCUUCUCAGCAGAAUCCAACCCAGAGUUCAACUCUGGACAUUACCUCUGAUUUUUUUUGUCACUGUACAUUCAAUUGAGCUUGUCUUUUAAAUGUAUGUAGUGCUUCUUCUUUUUUUAAAAAAAGACCUUUUAAGUGGAUGGGCCUUUUUAAUUUAUAAAACAAUUUUUGUUGAGUUGUUUUCUUUUAUAAAAUAGCCAAGUUUUAAAGUGCCAAAUGCUUUUGGGCUUUUUCUAUUUAACAUUGAUUUCUGUUCAAAAUAAUGAAAGGGAAAUUUCUCUCCUUAUUCAUUCUUUUCCUCCAACAUAUUCAAUACUUCAGAAUGAAUCAAGUGUUGUCGUUCUCUAGAAGAGUCUCUGUGACAAACAGUACUUUUAUUUAAACAGGGAUUUAAACCCAAAGAAUACUUUCUUCUAAUUAGAAAGGAAGUCUUAUUUUCUGGCCCAGCUGAUGGCCAACAGCUACUUAAACCCUGUUAUUAAAUAUAUUUCAAUAAUAAAGGAAUUCCAAAUGUUGCAGUUCUAAUGCUGUAAUUACACAAGAGGCUAAAUAGUGAAAAUAUGUUGAAGCCUUCAAAAAAGUCAUCCCACCAACUUCCCAGUUAAUCUCAUUUUUAUUGUUUGCCAAACUACAUGAGAAUCUUUCCAUUGUUUUAAAACCUACUUUUCAACAAUACAGCUGCUUCAGUCACUGCCUUGGCAUGGCUCAAAAGCUUCUUAGCACAGACUUAAUUACCCAGUUUUGAAACUUCUAGGGGCUGUUUAACGUGGAGGUUUAAUAGGUUGUCACUUUACACAUUGGUUGGUCGGCUCAUGAUGGGAAAUGCUAAAAACAUCCACCAGUGUUCUCUUGUGACACAGUCCAUCAGCACCAUCCCUACAGCACAACCCAGGCAGGAAAAGUGACAUUUCCUCACCACUGCUCUGACACAGGAGCAAAGCUACCAUACCUGGGAGUGAAAUCAGCUUUGGCCAGUGUGUUUGGGUUUGAUUGUAUUUCUAAUACCAACUCCCAAGGCAAUUACCUACUGCUUUAUUUUUAUUUCUGUUACUGUAUAACUUCUUGAGUUAAGUGUAGUAUUUAUAGCUCAGGACUACAUUGCACUAUUGCCACCUUGUUCGGAGGUUUUCUAGGUAAAGAACCUGCAAUUUAUACAGAAGACAAAAGUCUUAUCAAAGAAAGUAGGAAUGUUAUUACCAGAAUUAACCUGAAUGAAAAAGACAAUACAUAGUACAUGACCACAUAGGUAGACUUUACAUUCAUGAUGUUACCCAAAGAAAGUCUCCCCCCAAAUAAUAUGACUUCUGUCCUGGAGACAAAUGUUUUCAGUUCUCCACAGAAUAAGAUGAUGAACUACCUCAUGCCUCUUGGAUGAUGAACGAUGCCAUUAGACACAAACUAGCAUCUAUACAAAUGACAAAUACUUCUAUGAAGACCAGGUUAUGUUCAUUUCUUCCACUCAGUGAUAUGGUAGAGACAGUCCAAUAAGAAGCCAUAGCACGGGCACCCAACUCCUCUUAGGCACCUGCUUUGGGCCCCUAAAUACAUUUUCAAUAUGGAAAACAUCAAAUGCCACAAAGAUACUCGUCUCCCUUCAGUUAAAACACUUGUAGUUGGAAAACAAAAGACCAAAGCCACCAGUCAGAUUUUUAUCAUCCAUGCCUUGGAUGAUAACAUCCAUAUCAUCACUUAAGUGCAAGUCUUCCCCUAGCUCUAUCUCAACUUUUCAGUCCAGCAGAUCACCCUUUCCCUCAGCUGCACCUAUUUCAAGAACAGACCCUCUCUGGGGAACGCCGCUCUCCCAGAUAUCCCUGUGGAAUUGCAUGUGUAUUGCUGACUGAGGAGGCAGCCCACUUUUUAAAGAAGAAAAUUUUGGGCAUAAGCUAAUUAUGUUGGCUGUUUGGGUAACAAGCCCGUGGGAAGAAUUCAGUGAAGAAAUUAAAGAGCUCAUUUGACAGUUUUAGAAAAUAUUUCCUCAAAAGCCUUUUCUUAAUCUGAUAAAGGAAGCAGCUGUCAUAUAUCAGUAUCUCUCUUCUGACCUUUCUUUUGACCAGUGAAAAAGACCUGCCUGUGAUCCAUAAUGUUUCAUCAAUCCACAGAGAGUUAGCACCAACAAAAGGGAGCCUCCAUUCUCUCUUUGUACCCCUCCCUGCCAUCAUUCAGCCAGAUAAUUCUUCACAUCCUUGGAACUAUUCUAAAGCUACAUCACUAAAACCCCACAAAUACAGAUUUCUGGAAGAAACAGUGGGCCUUUCAAAGCAAUAGUCCAAAAAGCACUAGUGCUAUUUAAUAUUGGGCCCCUGUUUGACCUACACCUUUUUUGUCAGUCCUUGUGUUCCACCUUGGCAGCACUUGAAACAUAGUGAGGGAUUCUGCAGGAUAUCCAGGAUCAAACAUGAUAUUUUAAAUAUAGAAUGUAGGAGAAUUACUUGGCCGUUGCUCCUGUACAUGUUCCCUAACUGCACGUGCAAUGUGUGUUGUACAUACUUUUCCCAAAGGAAAUUUCCUGUACUUGGUCAUUUCUUCUCAGCAAAAUACCAUUUAAGUGUUAUUAUUUAAAAGGGUCAAGCCCAAACAUUCUGUAUAUACAUUCACUUCUUAUUCCAUUGUUUUGACAUGAAUUAAGUUUAUUUUGUACUGCUGGGUUGUAGGAGGCCACAUCAAAAGUUCUUUUGCUGUUAAUGUCUCUUUUGCUGUUAUUCCAAUUCAUACAGCAUUAAUUAGCAGAUACUUGCUUUUAUGGGAGUAGAUAGCUUUCAUUCAUAUCCUGGACUGCUUUGCUAUGUUUCAUGAGGAAUUGGCAAAUGUUUGAGAACUUCUUUCCUAGGAAUCAAAUUAAAACUGUAGUUCAACAAUUUCAAAAGAGGUGAGACUUAAAAAUAUUUUAUCUGCAGUGCCAUGUUAAGAUGAGCCUGAAGGACUCAGACAUUAGAAAGCCAUCAUAGUUCAACAAACUACAAUAUGUAGCCCUGCCUGCAGAAACUGUGAACUCUGUGCCUCUUGGAGCAGUAAACUAGGAUUUUUUUUUUGUUCUCACACACUUUAUUUUCUCAGUACUAGGAAUAUUUGUGGUCUACAGAUCACCUCAUGUAAGAACCUGAUUUUCUUAAUGUAAAGGCUAACAGGAUGUUUCAGAUUAGACUCCUGAACAAUUUGGGAGACUUCCUCAGCUACCUUCCUCUGACUCAUGUCCAUGUUCCCGUUGGUGACUGUGGGCUUACCUAGCUAAUCAGUGGAAAAUGAUUCAUUAGCACAGUAGUACUGGUCAAAUUUAGACCAAAUUGAGGUGCAUCUAAAUACAUCAGAGACUACUACAGAGCGCUACAUGGGCAAUAAAAACAUUCAAUCAAUAAAAGAGCAUAACAGGGUAAUACAGUCACUUUUAAAUACAGCAUUUGACUGGAUUUCCUUCACCAUUAACAAAAAGAAUGUGCUUAGACAGAUUGCAGUCACUGUGUGACUGACAAGCAGAAGCAGACCAAGAAACUGAAGACACCAGAAGAAUAUAAAUGACAUAGAUAUGAUUGUGCUCAGUGAAAUUGUGCUCAUAGAAGGACAUGGAGGUCUCUAGAUCUGAGUGGCUGGGAAGAGCAGGGGAUAAAUGGAGAGGUUUAAGUCCCAGUCCAGCAGUGCAGCCCCCGUGUACAUUAACCAUGACUGCAUUAAUUUCCAUAAGAACAGGGGGCCUUUCCUGCCCAAGCACUGACAGCAAGAUUGAGUCACCUGUGUGCUUUGCUUUCCUUUCUUAAGGUGUUCCUUUAGCUGCUGUACUAAACAUGAGUUGCCUAAUUUCAUUAUAAGUAAACAGAAGAAAUUCAGUGAAUUAAGAGAAUUACUAAGCCUUAAGCUGGCUUUCUUUUGAAGGUGUCAUGUUGUUUCUUGGUCACUGCCAAGAGGCAUCAAGCUUGCAGGUGAACUUCAUUUGUAAUUUACCUUGCACUCUCUGUGAACCUUUCUGCAAGACUUAGCUCUCCUUUGCUAUGGGCAAUAUCAGAUACAAAGGGAUAACCUUCAAACAGUACAUUUUGAAAAUAAAUCCUAAUAUGUCUGAUGAAGAUUUGCCUUACAAAUAAAAGCUUUACAGUGAGCAUUUACUUGGUUUACACCAGUGUUUUACUUAAUUUUUAAUGCCUUUUUAUAGUAGUGACUAGAAUUUAACUUAGAUAAGGGUACCUCUGUAUAGGAAAUAUUUUAAUAUUUUUACCAGUUUUUUUAAUUUUCAUAGAAUAUAUGUAUAUUGUAAGGCGAGAAAUUCAACUUUGAUGUAACAAGGUUAUCACACAAGGCCUAUCUCUCCAUUAUAAGAUUUUGUAGUGAGCCAGUCUAGUUCAAUAAUAUGUUGGCCUUUGAUUAUAAAUGUAAAAAUGCGAUACAGGAGAAUAGAAGAUUACCUACAGCUAAUGCACAUUGUAGCACAAUAUUCUCCAUUGCUGCCUUAAUCUCAUAGAAUGAAGUCAUGUUUUUUGGUUUUUUUUUAAAUUUAUAUACAAAAAAAAUACACCAAAAAUAUCCAGAGUAUCCCUUCAGCUGCAAUUUUGUGUUGUUAGAUGACUUAACAUUAAACCAAAUGUGUUAGUGUCCAGUAGAUCUACUUCCAAAGCAAGAGAACACAUUGCAGUUUUCAAGAAUAAGUCUUCAUAGGAGCUCAAAACUUGCCACUAGUAAAAAUACUCUCCAAAGUGCCCCAGUGACCAAAAGUGUCCAAACACAGCCACCACGUUUCCAUGCCUGAUUCCAUUAAUUGUGCAAUCUGCAAAUCAACUUUGCUUUUUUUUUUUUUUUUUUUUUAAAGUCUUUGGUUAUCUGGGGGAAAUGGCAUUUCAAAUUUUUUUCAUUAAUUUUUGGUGUUUUCAAAGAGAGACACCUACAUGCCCAUGUGUGUAAUUAGAAACAACUACAUUUCUUAUAAAUAUGGAUAUGGAUGUGUGUGAUGUGUGCUGGUUAACUAUACUUAAAAUGCUGAUAAAGAUGGUGAAUGUAAAGUAUUUGUCCUCAUACCUCUGUCUUUCUGUGAUCAGUGUAAAUAAGAACUGUUUUAAGGUGUGCAUUAAUGUAACAGAUUAUCCCAAUAUUGUGUAUAAAAUUAUUUAAAUAAAAUCUGACAAAUAUGCACAUAAAAAGAGUAUUAAAAAAAGGAUUA